AUGCGUGUAAGAAAAUUACAAGCUAUAUUAGCGUUGGUCGAUUGUCGUGAACAAGACGGUGGAUUUCAUGCAGUGCCUGGCUUUCAACAUUACAUUGUUACGUGGACCAAACUAAAUCAAAAAUUAUGUUUACGCUCUAAUCAAAGUGGAGAUCCAACAACUGUUCAAAUUCCUAGAGAUGAUCCUAUUCGAGAACAUAUUCAACGUAUGCCAAUAAGAAAAGGAAGUUUACUUGUUUGGGAUACUCGUUUACCACAUGGAAACUAUCCAAAUAAUUCUAAUCAAAUGCGAAUCAUUCAAUAUUUACAUAUGGCACCAAUUGCUGAUGAAGCUUUACGUCCUUUUCCAUUGUCAAAGGAGGAUUUACCUGAAGCUUUUCAAUUGACUGAUUUAGGUGAAAAAUUGUAUGGCUUUAAAUCAUGGGAAUCUGACAAGGCACAGCAUAGAUUUCAAGAGCAAAGAAAUUCUGUAGUUGUAGAUCAAGCAACCUACGAACGAGAAAUCAGAAAUUUGAUGAAAGCUCGAUGUCAAACAAACAAAACUAGUUCAUGA